AUGUCUAGAAAAACAGGUCUCUCAGCUCUGGUUCGACUAAGUGAUACAACCCGUAAAACCCUCGCCGGCCAAGAAUUCUUGAUCAAAUCAAGGAAACCAAUCUCUCCAUUUAUAUGUAUUGAUAAUAUCGACUUUCAGGAACGCAUCCACUUCCAGUCAGUUGAAAAAACCAGCCACAUGUUCCAUGGAACAUGGGGCUAUGUUCACACACUUGAUCCGACUCUUAUCAAAGGCCACGAUCCAAAGGAUUUCUCGCUCGACAGCUACAAGCAGGCAAUCAAAGACUCUGCCAAGUUGAAGAUUACACCACCAAUGUUUAUGCCAACAUCCGAAGAGGAGAUUCACUUUCGUGCAGCCAUCAAGAGCCAAAUUGCUCAAAUCACAAUCCUCAAACUAAUGCUGGCGUCCGACAACUGCGCUGAAGGAGUCGGCAAAAUCUUCAGUGACAUUAUAGAUCAAACAUAUCUUACCCCCGAACAGUUUUUCUCAGAGCUUCAGGUGAUGGAGGGUGACCUUGGAACAAUUAUGAACCUAGAGUGCUUGCGAUCACAAAGGAAACCCAGUGGUCACAAAGAAGAAAGCCUCGGAAACAUCUUCAUGCUUUUGGGGGCCGCUCACACCUUGUGGAAUAUUGGCCAGGCUAUCUUCCUGAAACACUUUGGAAAUAAUAAAAACCAGGAUGAUCUUGGAGCAUGGAGGACUCUUCAAGCCCUUGGCCUUCCGUCGGAGAAACCAGCUGCAAAAAAAGACUUCACGCUUAUGCUCACCAAUAUGCAGAAGAUCCAUGAAGCAACACUUAUUCACUGUUUACUAUUAGUCAUGGGGAUUCCUCGAAACAGCCUACCAAACGAAAAGCUUAAAUUAACGGCCAAAUCAAUCAACCAUGCCAUUGACCUAUGA